AAGCUGCAACGGAGAUUCAGUCCACGCCGCGAGAUCAGAAUUCAGGAAAAGAGAAGCCAAAGGCAAGGCGCCUACGGAACCAAGCUGCCAGCCUGCCAGACUCCGCCCGCCCCCGCAACCAAGUAGAGAGAUCGCUCGGUCCCAACUCCCAAUUGGCCAAUCCCCAGAAUCCGGCACUUCUUGUCGUCUCUUCUUCUUCCUCCCGUUCGAGGCGGCGGCGGCGCCGGUGCGUACGCGGGUGCGCCGGCCCUAGCUGCGGGGACUGUACGUCCCUGAUUGUUGUUCUUGAUCCUAGGAUAUGGGUCUCCUGGAGCUGUUCAUCACGGCAUGUGUGCCUGUUCUUAAUAUGCUCUUGGUUACCGGUGUAGGAUCAUUCCUGGCAAGUGACUUUGCUGGUAUACUUGGAAAAGAAGCAAGGAAACAUCUAAACUUUGUGGUGUUUUAUGUAUUCAAUCCAUGUCUUGUUGCAACCUAUUUGGCAAAAACAAUCACAUUGGAAAGCUUGGCUAAAUUGUGGUUCAUGCCCGUGAAUAUCCUCUUCGCUUUUACCUUCGGAUUAAUCUUCGGUUGGAUCGUGGUAAAAGUCACUGGAGCCCCGCUCAAGUUAAGAGGCCUUAUUUUGGGUUGCUGUUCUGCUGGCAAUCUUGGAAAUAUUUUCCUGAUCAUCAUUCCAGCUCUUUGCAAAGAGAAGGGAAGCCCAUUCGGAAAUCCUGAUGCUUGUCAGACUUAUGGACUCGCCUACUCAUCGCUCUCGUUAGCUCUUGGCGCUGUCGUUCUGUGGACGGGCGCAUAUAAUAUUAUUCGUGCAAAUUCACAAGUCACUGAAGGAGAUGGUAAUUCUCCAACACCUCAAACAAAAGUCUUCGUUUCAGGAAGCACCGAAGGUGCAGUUUCAGAAGAGAAUCACUCAAUCUCGAGUAAUCGCUUAAACGAGUCCACGCUCCCAUUGAUAUCCAGUCCAACCGUAUCUUCGAAAAAAACUAAGAUCCCAUUGUCCGAGAGAGCGAAAAAAAUUGUGUCAUCAGUUUCUGGGGCAGUUGACUUGAAGAAACUAUUUGCCCCUUCAACCAUUUCAGUGAUUGUCGGGUUUAUAAUUGGAGGAACACCUCUGAUUAGGAAUGCUAUGAUUGGAGAAAACGCGCCUCUUCGCGUCUUUCGUGAGUCUGCUGAACUUAUCGGCGGAGGAGCCAUUCCAUCCGUCACACUGAUCAUGGGAGGAAACCUCAUCACCGGGCUGCGAGGAGGCGCGAGCGUCCAGCCGUCGGUGAUCGCCGGCAUCGUGGCCGUGAGGUACAUUCUGCUGCCAUCGGUGGGCACCGUGCUGAUCAAGACAGCUGUUCGCUUCGGCAUCAUCCAGCCGGACCCUCUGUACCAGUUCAUCCUCUUGUUGCAGUACGCCGUCCCACCCGCCAUGAACAUCGGGACGAUCACGCAGCUGUUUGGCGUGGGGGAGAGCGAGUGCUCGGUGAUCUUCGUGUGGGUGUACGCCCUCGCCUCCGUCGCCGUGACGGUGUGGUCCGCGUUUUUCAUGUGGACACUUUCCUGAGCUCCAAAACCGCAAGAAAACGAAGCAAAGCAAAGCCAUUCUGUUUCUCGUGUCUCGGGACGGUGAGCCGGCGGAGCAUCCGUCGCCGACGAGACUUCACUGAACGAUCGAGGAGGAUACUGGUGAGACCGAGUGAGAGAUCGCAAUCAUCGCAUGGCCCGGGGAGAAGCAAUCACGUGCAGUUCCUCCACUACCAUUGUAUCUGUAUUCUGUCCUAGUAUCAUAUACCGAGUUGUAUCUUGAAGAUUUACUUGCUUUUGGUGCCCCUCGUCUAUCUAUGUACUAGGCAAACAGAAGCCAUUCCAUGCAGUUUGCAACACGAACCAAUCAACAUAGCACGAA